GGCUGCUGCCCGCGCCCCCAAGCCAGGCCGGGCUUGCCACGCAGCGCGGGAGGAGGAGAGGCGCCCCAGCUGCGCGCUCCGACGCCAGAGCGCACCACUGGGGGGACGGACUCCGGGAGCAGGGCGCAGCAGCCGGAGAGGAGCUCCCGACUAGAACAAUGCUGGAGAGGAAGGGAGGGGAGAGGGCCGGCGUGGCAGCCAAAGUCUGAAAACAGGUGAACAGCAGUGGCAGUAGCAGCAGCAGCAGAGAAAGAGUGGAGGGGGAGGAAGAGAUUUGUCACCGCUGCGGGGGAGGCGAGCCAGCCCCACCGGGAAGAGCCUCCUCCUCCUCCUCUCGGCUGCGCGGAGGUGGAUCCUGGCUGGGCAGCAGCUGAGCCAUGGCUACGAAUUUCAACGACAUUGUCAAACAGGGAUACGUGAAAAUGAAGAGCAGGAAAUUGGGGAUUUACCGGCGUUGUUGGCUCGUCUUCCGGAAAUCUUCCAGCAAAGGCCCUCAGCGGCUGGAGAAAUAUCCGGAUGAGAAGUCGGUGUGUUUGCGAGGAUGUCCAAAGGUCACUGAGAUCAGCAAUGUGAAAUGCAUCACGAGGCUACCAAAGGAGACUAAGCGGCAGGCCGUGGCCAUCAUCUUCACUGACGACUCGGCUCGGACGUUCACCUGUGAAUCUGAGCUGGAGGCUGAGGAGUGGUACAAAACUCUGUCCAUCGAGUGCCUGGGGGCACGGCUCAACGACAUCAGCCUGGGAGAGCCAGAUCUGCUGGCACCUGGAGUGCAGUGUGAGCAGACAGAUCGCUUCAACGUCUUCCUCCUGCCCUGCCCCAACCUGGACAUCUACGGCGAGUGCAAGUUGCAGAUCACACAUGAGAACAUAUACCUCUGGGACAUGCACAAUCCCCGCGUCAAGCUCGUCUCCUGGCCCCUGUGCUCGCUGCGUCGCUACGGGCGAGACGCCACGCGGUUCACCUUUGAGGCUGGCCGCAGGAUGUGUGACGCCGGCGAAGGCCUGUACACCUUUCAGACCCAGGAGGGUGAGCAGAUCUACCAGAGGGUGCACAGCGCCACCUUAGCCAUUGCUGAGCAGCACAAGCGCGUCCUUCUGGAGAUGGAGAAGAAUGUGAGGCUGUUGAACAAGGGCACAGAGCAUUACUCCUACCCCUGCACACCGACCACCAUGUUGCCACGCAGCGCCUACUGGCACCACAUCACCGGCUCGCAGAACAUUGCCGAAUCCUCAAACUACAGUGGUGACUCGUACUCGGCGGCCCAGGCCAGCUCAGAGACUGACCUCUUGAACCGUUUCAUCUUGUUGAAGCCAAUGCUCCCAAAAGCGGGAAGAACGACAGCAAAGACUCCAGCUCGGCUUCACAGUGAUGCAGCCCUGGGUGGAGGGAGAGAGCCCGGGCAGAGGCCAGCUCAGCCCACAAGUGCUGUUGCUCAGCACCGAAGAUUUUGUGGUCCAGUGCCUGCUCCCGCCUUUCCGGAAAGGGUUUGGAGACAGCUUUUCAGCUACGGCGGGGAGAGUCUAUCGUUUGCACAGAGGCUGCCCUCAAGGAGGAUGUUCAUAGCCAAGGAUCUGAGCCCUGUUCAGCCUGGAAGGAAACUUCAGUCCAAACUCCUACCAGGCCUGGGAUGGAAGGAAGAGCCUGGAUGUGAGGGGGAGGACUAGCUAUAUAUUGUUAAAACUAUUUUAAAUAUA